AUGUCGCCGACGAUGAACAAGGUAUUAUCGUGGUUGGAUAACGUUGACUUGCCAUCGUCGCGAGAGAAAAAGAUUAUUGCUGACACAUUAAUACAAGCAGGCAAUGCUUCCAACCUCGAAGUGGACCAUCAUGACACCGAGUCACCAUCAGUCUACGCCCAGCCGCCGUCUGAUAUAGGAAGAGUAUCCGACAAGAGCGAUGCCGAUAUUCUCAAGGGCGCGAUUGACUCCAUCUGGCCUGAAGUUAUAUGGCCUGUCCUUUACGGUGAGCCUCCUGAUGAUGAGCUCUUCCCGGGUGUCGAGCAAUGUUCGCCUGGAGUCGUGGCAAAACCAGUCUCCCAUGGUGUCGUUGGCCAGGUGCUCCUACGAGCAGUUAGCCAAGAAGAUGUGGUCAGAGAUGACGCUAGUCAACGUGCUGAGGCAGCAAGCAAACAAAAAGAUGUUGAUCAGGGUCCCAUCGUCAUGGGUACGAUUCAGGACCGGAAGAUUAGCGACGAGGUGAAAAGUGCCAAAGACGAAGCAAACUAA